GCGUUUCUAAUAAUCUCUCAGGAACGAUCUCUCGAGACUUAUCGAGAUUUAUAUAUCGUUUUCGAUAAAUUACGAUCCCGAAAUAUCCCAGUUGAGGCACGCUUCGAUAGAAACUUUACUUUUACCGGCGAAUAUCGGCGAGAGCGGCUCUGAUUCUCGUGGCCGUCCAAUUUUUUUUAUCCGACCCGUAGAAGGGCUCGGCGAAGAAGGAGAAACCGUGCGUUACCUUGUCUCGUGCAUCAAACUGCGUAACGCGGAAAGUGUCCCCCGAACUGGGACAGAACCCCACCCGCGAUCCCGCAUCGAUAUCCCGAUGGCCUCCGGUCUCACUCCCCCUUUUUUCGCCUCUCCUCGGCUCGUUCUCUCGGUGCCUUCCCUUUCGAUCUUUGGUCCUCGCUAUCAUCCGGCCGAGACCGGCGAGGUUUACUUGUAAGAGAGCACUCGUCCUCCGAAACUUCAGUGCAAAACGCGCGCUUCAACUCGAAGGAUCCUCCGUUCGAUAAAGAAGAGAAAGAGAGGAAGGGGGUGAGAAGGAAGGAGCGAGAAAGGGAGAAAGAGAAGAGCCUUGUCGAAUUGGGAUAUCUCGAUGCGACGUUCAAUGAUUCAAGGGUGAUCCCCUGUGCGUCUGUCCGCCUGUGAUUCGUCGAUUUCGGUGCUUUUUGAUCUGGAGAUCUUGAAAAAAAUGUGGGGUCGCGAGGUUCUCUUAAUAUCGUUCGCGCUCAUAGCGCUCGGAACUACCACGAAAUGCCCAAAGAAAAGAAUGUCGCCGAUCAGAGAAAUUCUCUGCUACACAUCCGCCUUGGAUGCCGAACUGCUGACUGAUUCCGUAUGCAGUUGCACGACUCUGGUGCAUCAACAUCACGACGUGCGGAAUCUCUCUGUUUCCAGCAUUGUUGAUCUGCAAAAAUCUUUGAAAGAGAUGCAUCCGCCUCUUCAAUUUGUCAUUUCUGUAUACGAUCCCGCGAUGAUGCUCAGAAAUUCCGCCAUGGUUCGGCAGGAAGCUGUCGCUCGAAUUGUCGCCGUUAUGAAAGAGGUGGAUGGCGUGGAAAUGAAUGUGACAGCGGGUUCCAAAGAGCGUCUUUAUAAUUUCGUCAAAAGUCUGAGAGACGAAAUGAUACGAAAAUCUUACGACAGGAGGAUCUUCCUGGCUUUGCCUAGUAAACCGGAGGAUCUGGCCAAGCAGUUUGACGUGAAAGAACUCGCAAAAUAUAUCGAUCUAUUUACGCUUCCGACGGAUUAUAUGACCGACGAGGACGGAACCUUCGUCACCUUUCAUCCCUCGCGUCUCAUGGGACUCUUCGAUAUGUUAAACACGGACAACUUGGUGGAUUUGAUAAGCGGAUUAGGUGCACCCAAGCAAAAAAUUAUGAUCACUUUGCCGGCCAGGGCGUACAGAUUCGCUUUAAAGCACGAGGCUGAGAACGCUCCUAGGUCGCAAACUACGGAAAAAGAGCCCACGCCGAUCGAUCGUAAACAGCUUUGCGAAGCCAUGAAUGACGGGGAAUGGAUUGUGGAACGAGAUGAAGAUCUCACGGCACCGUAUGCAUUUCAAAACAAAACGUGGAUUGCUUUCGAGGAUAAGAUCUCGGUUGGAAUAAAGGGAAAGUACGCGUUGCUACGGGAUUUGGCGGGAUUGGCGGUGCGAAAUAUAGAAAACGACAUCAAAACCGAGUGCGAAGAGCCACUCGCGGAAGAAAUAUAUCGUUCCUUCGCGGAAUUUAGAAGAAAAACGAGGCAAGCCGUACUGAACGCGCUGGAAGACGAGCUUCAUCAAACUCAAUUCUCGUAUCCCAAUCGAGCGAAAACGUCCAGCUACCGCGUGGUUCGCGUGGUGGACACCGAGGGACAUAUUAAAGCCGUGCGAGAGAAUACGCAGACCGAGUUUGUCUGUCGACGACAAGGCUACUUUGUUCAUCCUAAGAGUUGUAAUAGAUUCUAUCGCUGCGUGAAAUUCAAUCAACAGAUAGAUGACUAUUCCGUCUUUGAAUUCGAUUGUCCGGCCGGCUUGUCGUUCGACGAACGCACCGAGGUCUGCGUCUGGCCGGGUUCCCUGCCUCAGGGCUCGCCGUGUCCCGGCAGCAGCGAAAUCGCUCCCGUUGCCCCGAAGAGAUUCGAGUGCUCUCAACCGGGUUACUUUGCAGAUCCGCAAAACUGUCGAUGGUUCUUCGCUUGCAUGGAUUUAGGCGAAUCGGAGUUAAUGGCGUUCGAGUUUCGAUGCCCGUACGGCUUGGUGUUUGACGAGAAGAGAUUAGUAUGCGAGUGGCCUUGGCUGGUUCCGGCUUGCUCGGAAUCUGGAUCGGCUUAUACCAGGACGGAAUACCAUUACGGAGGAUAUACCGUAGCGGGAAGUUCUACAGGAGGCGUUAUGGGAGGUGGUUACAUUACCGGUGGUUUACCGGAAUAUUCCGUCACAGCCUCCGGCACGGGUCACUCUAACGUGGGCUAUUCUAAAGCGACCGGCACUGGUGUCCAUGGAGCAAAUUAUUUUACAGGAUCCACCGCGGAAUACUUCGAUAAACAUACUUCCGGUGCUGGAUACGCGGGAUCGUCUGCGGGUCCAAUAGCUAUUGAUUAUUCUAAACCGAGCGGAUAUGGAGGCUCAGUAUCCUCUAUUCCGACGUAUACUGGACCGUCCGGUAUACAUGUCGGUAUACAUUCGGUAUCUCCUGCGGAGGAAAGUAGCGCAGGAUAUUCUGCGUCGAGUGACAAAACUAGCAAUAUCGGAUAUACUGUAUCCACCGGAUACAGGCCUGGUAGCGGAUAUUCCGGUGGAUAUACUGGACCGUCGGGAGGAAUUACCACAGGUUUCUCCGGAUCUACCGCGGGGGGAUAUUCCGGAACUGUCAGUGGAAGUCGCUUGACAGGGGGAGAUGUAACUUAUUCGGGCAAACCUGGAUCAAGUUAUUCCGGGCUAGCGGGCGGGUAUGCAGGAGGCGUUGAUGCGAAUAUUAAUCCAAUAGUAGGUACAGUGACUUAUCCAAAAACACCGGGCUAUUUCGCAGCCACAGAAACGCCCGGAUCAUCUGUCAAUAUUGGACGUGCGGAUUCCGCCGGUUCUAAAUUCGUUGGCUCGACGAAUCUAUAUACAGGCUCCAGUGCGUUUAAUGCGGAUGGUUACUCGGUUCCUACCGGUAUUUAUUCGGGAGCUACUGAACGUCAGCCGUCUUUCGAUAAAACCGGCUCGUCAUUUGGAAUUGGAUCGUCUUAUUCUGGAGCUACCGACGGAUCAAAUAUAUAUCAAGGAUCGAUCGGUGCAGGAUAUUCCAAAGCUACGAGCGGGACUUUGCAAGGUUCGACGAGUUCAGAUCGAGUCUCGACUGGUUUCGGUAGCGACGCUUCGAAAUCCGUCUCCGGGCAUACUGAUGUUAAGAUUACUGACAGUGGACAUUUUGUAAGUGGUAGUGUUGGUAGUGUACCGUCUUCUAGAGCAGGCGCUUCCUCGACAGGAGUAGAAUACAACGAGCAGGAAGGAUAUACAGUUCCUGUAUUUUUAUUACAUGGAGAACCGAUCUAUCCCUUGACUGGAACGACAAAAGCUGGAACAAAAGCUCAUUCUGGAUUAUCAGGCGUAAUAAGAGAUUACGGAAAAUCCGAUUUAGCGAGACCUCAUUUAAAUAUUAGCAAUGAAGUUUCCGGCUACGAUGUGCGAAAAGGCGCUACCGGUGCAAUCGUGCCUGGAAGCGGCGUACAAGGAAGUAUUCAUACCAGUGAUUCUAUUUCGGGGACUUUCUUCAGUCAUGGAAAUGUUCCCGGUGCGAUAUUAUCUCCUGCCAUUAAUCAAGGCACUGUUUUAACAGGAGAAGUACAGCCUGGAUAUAUCGCUUCCGAAAAAGCAGAACCGGGAUACGUGAUUAGAGACGGAUUGAAAACAGUAGAUGUCGGAUCAGCUAGUCCGGGAACUUUAAUAUACGAUCCGCCUACUCCUGCAAUUUCGGUGUCCGGCCCUUCAACGUCCAAUGUCGUUUUGAAAGGUGAAAUUACCCCAGGUAUCGUUAUUUCUGGAUAUACCGCUCCUGGAGUAUCUGUCGGAAGUUCCGUUCAAUCAGGAAGCAUCGAGAGUUCAACCGGUACAUCGUACGUGCCGCAAGCAGAAACAACUUAUCAUGGUGUCAACAGUGCCGCAACAAGAGGAUGUUCGAGUAGCUCUUCGACGGGUCUUGGACGGCCGACGCGUCCGCAGGACUUCAAAACUGAUGUCGGAUGCGGCACCGGCAAUCAACAUCGGAUCAACAUCGUUUACGAUACCGGCAAAUAUUCAGAAAAUGAUGUGCCAGAUUAUAGACCGACGAGCGCCACUCUUCCCGAUUCUAUUGUAUCAGGAGGUAGAAUAGAAGGUAUCGGCGGUGUUAUUUUUGGUUCUACUUCACAAAGUUCGACUACAGCCACGCCAGGAUAUCCGUUGCCUACAGCGGCCGUCUUCACACCGAGUGGAUUCACGAAAUCUGGUUUAACUAGAACAGGUAUAACCACUGCCAUUCUCGGAGGUGGUGGUAGCUACUCAGUAAGCACAAGCGAACGCCGACCUGCCUGGAAUCCUGAAAAUAUCAGUGACAAAGCAUUCGAGGGGAACGUGGCCGGAUAUACAAAGACAUCGUCUAGUAGCAACGCCGCAGAUUUGUCUGUUACCUUGACUCCUGGCUAUUCUUCGACAGCUUCGCCAAGUCGCGGCACUGUACAGUCGGUUACUUCCAGCUACUCGUAUCCUAAGCCAAGCAUUCAGCUUGGAACAAACGGCGUAACGUUCCUCUCAUCGUCAAUUCCGCCGAUUGAGAAUAAUUUACCGAUUACGUCGCCCAAGCCGUUUUCGAUUAAUGUAUAUGACGGAUAUGACGGAUCAUUGGGCAGCAGUGUAGCAUUCGGAUCUAAGAUACCAACGGCGCCGAUCGAUCGUCGCUUAUCAACAUCGACAGUCUCGCCUGUAUUUUACACUACCGAGCGUCCAAAGAUUUAUAAAACAACUCUCUUUGAAGCGGCUAGAAUUCCAGUGGCUGUGUCAACUGUCAGACCUGUCACCGGAUACAAGACCGUCCCUCCAAAUAUCCCGAUCUUAACCGAUGACCGGUUUAGCCAACAGACUGGCAAUUCGCAGACUGCAUCGGUAUCAACAUCUAGCAUCGGUUUAGGAGCAUCUUUCCAACAAACUGAUUUUAGCGGCAAAAAGGAUCAUGAUUCUUCUUUAGUUUCCGUGUAUCUUCCGACAAAGUCGCCCAGUAAACCCGGUGUAAUCGCGUCUACCACGAAGUAUGAUAUACCUGCGAGUACUGUGCGUCCAGAUCUUGUCGGGGUAACAUACAAGAAACCUUCAUCAUUCGCAUACGGAGGUCUUUCCUCGAUCACGUCGCCUACUACCUUCAGACCUUCCAACGUGUAUUACACGGGUCAAGGAUUCUCGACGGCAUCUUCCGCAGGAACAAUUUCUGGCGGCGGCUCUCCGACAAACCUAGAUAUUUCGAGAGACAAGAUCGAUAAAUUAAUUACAAACUACGAUAGAGGCACCAUAAAAUAUAUGCCAAGCGUAUACGAUACCACCGCGAGUUCAGGAUUCGGUUCAACCUCCAAGAAACUCUCCUCCGAGAAGUCAUCAUUCUAUGCGACCGGCAGUACCGUCGCCAUCACAGCGCCGUCCGGCUCGACAACAUCCUCAUACAAAGUUACCACAAAAGCCCCCGAAAGCAAGGGCAAGGUCAUCGUGAAAUGGAGCGAUCUACAUCCGCUUCUUCUAGGCAAACUCGGAGCGGAGUGUACGUGCAAAGCCGAUCCCUUCGCCACUCUUCGCGGCCCGGUGAGGAAACUGAUCGCCUCUUCCAAGGGCAAGGUGGAUCUUGGCAACUACGACGAAUCCGAGAUCUACGUUGAUCUCGAGAACAACGGCUCCUCCGAAGAGGACACCACCAAUUACGACGGUUAUCCGGCGCAACCCUAUAAAAUUAGCCCCCAUGAAACGACGAGCGGCCAACCACCAUCAUCCUCUUACUUACCUGUGUCUUCAACGACGGUAAGGACGAGAAAUUUCGGUCCAGCGAUAGAUUUUCGUGCCGGCAGGAAAUUGAAGGAUGACGUCGGUUCAUCGCCGAAUACGAUCGCUAGCGAUCCAGAGGAUGAUCCUGACCAAAUAAUCAAUGGCGCCACCGAUUGCGCCAGACCGGGUCUCUUCAGACAUCCUAGUCUCUGCAAUAAAUUCUACGCCUGCCAUUGGGAUCAGUGGAAGAAGAAAUUCACGCUUCACAUCUUCAAUUGUCCGAUCCAUUUAACGUUCGACUCGAGAGCGAGCGCGUGCAAUUGGCCGAGUAAGGGUCCAGCUUGCCAAGCCGAUAAUCUAUUAGUAUAAAUUCGUUAUUAGGCGCUUAUAUCUCGCCGUCUUUUUUACAUCUUAUCUUUUUCUUUUGUACAUAUAAUAAAUAGAGGCGAAAGUUUAAUUGUGUAAAAACGUUAAAAAUCACUUCUCAGAUCGUUAAUCCAAUUUGAAAGAUUGAUUCGACCGAUUGAUUACACAAACAAUGAGAUGUUGCGAGCGCAGCGAUAUAUCAUUAAAUAUAAAACGACUUACUUUCAC